AUGGUGGAUAGAUAACACAGACCAGGUGCUAAGACUGGUUCAGGAGGACCUGCUUCUUCUUAAGAUGCCAAUAUUGAGCACAGAGAAAGACUGAAAAAGCUAGCCUUAGAAACAAUAGAUAUUAAGAAGGAUCCUUAUUUCAUGACAAAUCACUUGGGUACUUAUGAAUGCAGAUUGUGUCUAACUCUGCACACAAACGAAGGUAGUUAUUUAGCUCACACAUAAGGUAAAAAGCAUCAAACUAAUUUAUAAAGAAGAUAAAGCAAAGAACGCUAAGAACAGAAUAUACAGUUGCAGCAAAACUAAACAAAAGGGCUACAAAAGAAGAAAACCAUCAAAAUUGGAAGACCUGGAUAUAAAAUUUUUAAGAUGAUUGAUCCAACUUCUGGAUAAAAGUAGAUAACUUUUGAGAUAGAUUAUGAGUAAAUAGAUGCCAGUUGGAAACCCUUUUAUAGAAUUAUGAGUUCUUACGAGUAAAAAGUAGAGUAGUUUGAUAAAAAUUAUUAAUAUGUAGUCUUUGCCGCUGAGCCAUAUGAUAACAUAGCCUUUAAAAUACCAAAUAUGGAAAUAGAUAUGGAAGAAGGGAAGUUUUACUAAGAUUGGAAUAAAGAUAAGAAGAAAUACACACUCCAUUUAACAUUUAAAGAUAGACAAAAUAAAUAAUCAAGAAAUCAAAAGAAUUGA